AUGCAAACAUUGGUUCCAUUAGCUAGUGAUCUUAAACUAUUGAAGGAUUAUCUUAUGAAAGUAGCUGCAAAUCAGGUGUCAGUGCUACAAAAAGUUCAGAGGAGGCGGCCUGGAAAACUACAACGACUUCCCAUAAAUGUUUACAAAUCCGCUAUAUCUGACGAACACAAUCAAGCCUAUAAGGAGUUUUCGGAAGCAAUAACGGAAACCGAGAGAAUUCUAAUGAGAUCUAACAAACGAAUGGAAAUUCGUGGAAAAAGAGGCAGAGGUGUUCCAGUUCUUAUAAGCAAGGAUGUACAUGAGCACUUGAAUCUAAAACUAGAGUGUAGUAAUGUCGAGGGUAUACAAUCAGAAGAGCUGGACCGCGUUUUAAGACUGUCACCUGUCAACAGCAACAGUUCUCAGAAUUCCAAAAGCAACGAGUUUGCCUGGGAGAAAGAUUGUGCGACACAGAACCUGAUAAGUGUAAAAAGACUGCCAGAUGCCUGCGGAAUGCUUAAUAGGUCUAGAAUGCUGCAGGCGGUGGGACGUCCCACAGCUCAAAGUAGUCAGGAGGGUUAUGCUAUUUGUAUCUGGCUGGACCCAGCCAUGGGCAGCCUAGUAGUUGGCAGCCAGCUAGGAUUAGGACUAGCAGUACUACCAGUCCCGCUAGGGAUAGCAACGGAGUCAAAGCUCAGUUUCUUAACAGAUGCCACUCAGCCGUAUCUCUUACUGUGCACCCCUAUUUGCAGACAGAGCUUUGCAAACGAAGUCGCACGUACUGUUGGCUUCCAAAUUGGCGUCCUUCAGCUGAUACGCAACACUGCCGUAUGUUGUAAGGGCCAAGGUGAUGCCUCCACCUCCUCCACCUCCAAUAGCGCUGCUACUUCGAUGCGAGUCUGCUGCAGCAUUAGAGGCGGCGCUAGCACAAAGCCGCCGUUGCUCGUCUCCAGACAUCUGGAACAAAAGAGACACAGCAUUAAGAUAGAACGCGCAGUUGCCGUUGAUGCGGGAAUCAGGAUUUUGCCGAAAACUAAGGAUGACUACCGAAGAAUCGUUCGACUGUUCAGGGAGGCGGACGUGCCCUAUCAUACGUUCCCUCUACCUUCAGAACGAAAUAUUCACGCGUUACUCAGAGGCAUACCCGCAAUGUUUUCGGAACAGGAGAUCAAAGGGGAAUUAGAACAGAGGGGAUAUACUCCUCUCCACAUUAUCCGAUUCAAACGCAGUGGCGGCGCACCCAUGCCUUUGGUGGUCUUAUUACUGCCCAAGAUUGAAAAGUCCCAGCAGCUGUUCAAUGAACAUGAGCUGCUGGGUCUAGCAAUCAGAGUUGAAGUUUAA